AUGACUGUAGAGAAUAAACAUCUAAAAAAUGUUAGACAAACUAGUUAUCUUACUAAUUGUAGGAAAUUACAAAUUGCUGUAGAAAUUCUUGCUUGUGCAUGUGAGAAUUUCAUUAAUGAACUUUUUGAAGACAAGGAACUUAAAGAUCAAAUCAUAUAUAUUGUUCAUAUAAUUUUUACAUAUAUUACAUUUUAUAAAGCAAUAAUUAGUUCAAAAUAUUUAUAUUAUAUUGGACUAGGUCUAACACAAGAACAAUCAGUUGUGAUUCAAAGAUAG